UGGUUUUCAGUUAUUUCAUGUGAAAUUUGAAUAUGUUUAAUUUACUUUGAUUAUUUGAAAUCAAAGUCAUUGCUUACUGCGUGUGUACCGACUGCAUGAGUUGUGUGGCUUUUGAAACCUCUUUAAAGAAGGACCUGGACAAAUAAUUUAAAAUGAUGUAAUAAAUGAUAAGUAAAUGGAGAAUAAAAUGUGAAGGGAUGAUUCAAAGUAGGGCUGACUGACAUGGCCUUGGAAUGAUAGUCAUAUCUUCAUAUUUACAAAGCUCCAUAACGAUAUUGCAACAAAAUCCUGGGGAUGACUUCACACAAUGAACAUUUUUUGAUAAUCAUUAGUAAUGUGGACAUAAUGACUCAGUUUUACAUUCUCUCUUUAAGGACUGAUUUAUUGAGCCUAUUAUGUUUGAUGAAAUUGGCCUUCAGACGGCAGAAUGUGCUCCAACAUAUGGCUGAGGGUAAUUAGCUCCUGGUUUAGCCUCGGUUGCCUUGGUGACGGGAGAAAGGUGAGCUGCAGGAGCGGGGGAGACCCCGGGAAACUGACGUCACCAGACGAAACUCCCCUCCACAUCCAGGACACACACUCAGCCUCAGUGAUACUCAGCUGGUGGCCGAUCUGUAGACCGGCUCCAGGACAGACAUGGUGUCCUUUGUCCACAGCGAAUCUGUUCACAAGCGGAGACGGACGGACGCGCUCUCUCCGAUCCAGCAGCGGCAGACCGCCCGGCACAGGAAACAGACCCUCAUGUCCAAACUGAGCGACUCCGGCUUCGAGGAAGACUUCGGGUCCCCUGCGACUUCACCCGCUGCUCGGAUAGAUGUGUCCCCGCUGCGUUCAGACGAGCCUCCGGCAGGGCAGCUGUCCACCUGGUACCUCCAGUACGGGGACAUCGGCUACAGGAUCCAGAGGGAGAAAGAGGCGCAGUUUGAUCCCUGCAAAAGUCUGGCGCGCCAACCUCAGCUGACAGCAGAGGCGAGGUGUACGCUCAUCAGCUGGCUCAUCCCCGUGCACAAACACUUCCGCCUGUCCUUCGAGUGCUGCUGUCUGGCGGUGAACAUUGUGGACAGGUUCCUGGCAUCCACGCCGGUGGCUGCUGACUGCUUCCAGCUGCUGGGUGUCACUGCACUGCUCCUGGCCAGCAAACAGGUGGAGGUGGGCUCGCCGCGGAUCAGCCAUCUCUUGUCGUUCUGCUGCGAUGCCUUCACCAAGGAGCAGCUCUGCAACCUGGAGUGCCUCGUCCUCGUCCGUCUCAACUUCCGCCUCGACUCACCCACCCUGGCCUUCUUCCUGGACUACUACUCCAACUGCAUCGAGGCGACCCGGACAGGGUACGAGAGCAGAGGCGGCGAGAGGUGCGCGAGGAUGAGUCCGGACACAAAACUCCCCAGGCGGUGCAGCAGCCUCGCCCGAAAGGUGUGCGAGUUGAGUCUGGCAGACUAUGCCUUCAACAAAUACCCGCCGUCUCUGACUGCCAGCUGUGCACUGGGGCUGGCUCGUGACUUACUGAAAACUGAACAAGGGCAUCCAACCAUCCAGUCACAGGAGGAGCAGUGGGGCAGUUUUGUGGACGAACUUUGCCCCCAGCCAGUUUGUGCUCGACCAUCUGAGACCCCUGAGCUUUCACGGCCUGUGAGUUUGGAGGGCCACAACCACAAUCUGGCCCAGGAAUGCAGAGAGAACCUGAAGCUUUUAGUGUCAUUGAACCAGGAGGCGUUGGAGGUGAUGUCCACCAUGUGACUACAAGUGUGGCCACAAAGCAGAAAUGUGUCCCUUCCACUGGUGUUGAUACUCUUGGGGUUACUUUAAGGUGAUGCUCAGAAGUAAAGCAGACCGAUCUUAACCUCAUGUUUACCUCAUAGGCAACCUGUUGAUUGCAGCCACUGAAUGUUUUACAGAGUAGCAUAGGUUUAUAUUUAUGAAUGUUUAUCAAUGAAGUAUUUUAAUAUUCAAUGAAUAUGAAGUCAAAGUCUUUUUUUAUCAACUGUAUGUGCACUGACUGGCUGCAGGUUUAUGGCUGUUGUGUCUCUGAUGAUGAAGGACCUGGAAAAGAUGCUUUGUAAUUUAUUGUUUUUCUUUUCGAAUGAUGUAAUAAAUGAUGAAUUUGUGUCAGUUUUCUGAAUGGAGAAUAAAAUGUGAAGCAAUGACUCAA